AAUUGUGUGUUUUGGUGCAAGUGAUCGUUCUAUGUGCAUAUUCGAACACCACAUUGGCGGAUAAUAAUUACACUUCUUCAUGGGAAACGAACCUCAACUCUUUAGGAUUAUCCCCACUUUAUACAUUAUACAACAAGUGUGUGGAUAUAAAUGUCAAUAGAUCUAUUGAGGAAUGUCUCAGUACACAAUUGGUCAUUCUUCUUGACGAAAUGUUACAUCAACAACGGAUUCCUCUUAUCGAAGGUGUUCACCUUGUUGGUAAACAGCAGAGUUCAGGGAGAUCGUCUUCGGAAGAAAAUCCUUUAACAGAACAGACUCUGGAAUCGUUGCUACCAAAAAGCAUCGAUUCUCGACAAGAAAUUCUGGACAGUCUCAUGCUUUAUAAAUUGUUCAAUUUCUUCAAGACCCACAGACUUCAAGUUGAUUUACCUAGUGGUAGAGCCGCCCGAGCUAUGAAGAUAAAGAAGCUAUUGCUACCUUUCCUCAUGGGCGUGGUUCUGAAGGCCGUGUCCGUCGUCCCUAUUGUACUCAGCGUUAUGGGCGUCAUUGCAAUGCAGGCUCUGUUCGCUGGAAAGGCAGCUCUCAUUCUCACUGGACUUAUCGGUCUUCGCAAGUUUUUGCUGCAUGGUAACUACAAUGGACAAAACAAAGUUACGAACUACAUCCAUCACGAUCUGAACACAUCUCCUGGCCGCGGUGUGGCAAACCUAUUGCACAGUUUAGGAGUGGAUCACCAAUAUGACGGCUACGGAUACAAGGACUCUCACGAAGCAGUCAAUAGUCAGGGAAAUGGAUUGUAUGGACGCUCGUUCACAGAUUCACACAAUGGAUCCGUUAAUACAGAGAAACAGAGAUCCUCAGAACUGGAAGAACACAGAUUAACAACUACAGGAAGUCAUCGACGGAUCCAGAAUUUUCACUAUCCAGGUCUUACAAAAACAAUAGUCGUUUCUGCCUGA